CUGCUGACUACAGACUUCUCCCUCCCUCCUAUAUAAACCCAGCGCUCUCCCUCCUACUGCAGUCAGUCCUCACCCAGGUACAGCCAGCAUGAGUUUCACGGUGGACCACCACUUCAUGGGCCCGAGCUCCUACCGCAAGGCUCGGCCCGCCUCCGUCUCCUCCAGCGGCUUCCACUCCCAACGCCGCCGCCUCACAUACAGCCAGCCUUCUUCUGUAGACAGUUUGGAGACUUUCAACGGCGACAUGGCGCGGAGGAGCGAGAAGGAGAUUCUGCAGGCUCUGAAUGACCGCUUCGCCGGCUACAUCGACAAGGUGCGCAAUUUGGAGAUGCACAACCGCAACCUGGAAGCAGAAGCGGCGGCGCUGCGGCAGAACCAGGCCGGACGCAUCUCCAUCGGAGAGCACUACGAGCGGGAGCUGAGUGACCUGAGGGGUCUCCUGCAGCAGCUGACCGGUGAGAAGACCCGCGCCGCUCUGGAACAUGAGCACCUGGAGGAGGACAUCCAGCAGCUGCGCGUCAAGCUGGAGGAUGAAGCUCGGAACCGGGAGGAGAUGGAGGCUGCCGCUCGCGCAAUGAAAAAGUACGUGGAGGAAUGCCGGCUGGCUCGUCUGGAGCUCGACAAGAAGCUCCGAGCUCUGGAGGAAGAGUCCGCUUUUCUCAAGAAGAACCAUGAGGAGGAGGUGGCGGAGCUCCUGGCGCAGAUCCAGGGCGCACAGGUGAGCUUUGACCUGAGGGACACGCUGAAGACGGACGUGACCAGCGCACUGCGAGAGAUCCGCUCGCAGCUGGACACGCAUGCAUCAAAGAGUGCCACGCACGCCGAAGAAUGGUUCAAAGUGCGCGUGGAGCGCCUCUCUGAAACGGCUAAAUCUAAUCAGGAUGCCAUCCGUGGAUCCCAGGAAGAGAUUGCCGAUUACCGCCGCCAGCUCCAGAGCCGCACCGUGGAGCUGGAGACUCUUAGGGGAACCAAGGACUCGCUGGAGAGGCAGCGGAUGGAGAGUGAAGACAGACACCAGGAUGACCUGAGCUCACUACAGGAGACCAUUAAUCACCUUGAAAAUGAGCUGAAAAACACCAAAUGGGAGAUGGCAAGCCAGCUGAGGGACUAUCAGGAACUGUUGAAUGUGAAGAUGGCUCUGGAUAUUGAGAUAGCUGCCUAUAGGAAGUUACUGGAGGGAGAGGAGAACCGUUUUGUGUCUGGUGGAAUUCCAUACUCAUACCUGGAGAGCAGGAUUUCAGGUCACAUGAAGGUGAAAGGCGAGGACAUCUCAGAUACAGUAAUCGUGGAGGAACAGACUGAUGAGACCCAAGUGACAGAGGUGACAGAAGAGGCAGAUGAGGAUGAAGAAGAGAAGAAUGAAGAAGAAGAGGAAGAGGAAGAAAAGGAAGGUCAGGAAACCAAAGAGCAGGAGGGAGAGGAUGAGGAAGAGGAGGAGAAAGAGGAAGAAAAAGAAGAGGAGGAGAAAGAGGAAGAAAAAGAAGAGGAGGAAGAAAAGGGAGAGGAAGAGAAAGAAGAUGAAAAAGAUGAGGAUGAAAAAGUUGAGUCCCCUACUCUUAAAUCUUCUGUUGUUGAGUCUCCAGAACCCAAAUCACCAGCAGCCAAAUCCCCCAUGCCCAAAUCACCGGCUAAGUCUCCCGCGGGAGAGGAAUCAAAAUCCCCAGAGUCUAAAUCUCCCGCUCCCAAGUCUCCUGAACCAAAAUCUCCAGAAAAAGAGAAAGUUGAGCCUCCUGCAGCCAAAGACACCCCGAAAGAGGAGAAGAAAGAGGAGAAACCUCAACCUGUUAAAGAGGAGAAGGAGAAAGAGCAGCCCGUGAAGGAGGAGAAGAAGCCAGAGCCAAAAGAGAAAGAACCAGAGAAGGUGGACAAACCCGACAUGAAGAAAGAGAGCAAAACGGAUGAAGCACCAAAAAAAGAAGAACCAAAACCCACAACUCCCAGCAAACCCGCCGAGGACAAACCAGCCCCCAAGUCUGAGCCCAAAGAGAGUGCUCCCCCUGCCAAGAAGGAGGAACCCUCCACUCCCAAGUCAGAAAAGGCUGAGCCUGAGGCAAAGACAGCUUCUAAUGCAGAACCUGAAAAAACCGAGAGCAAGAAGGAGGAGAAGCCCGAAGAAAAGCCAGCCCCUAAAGCAGAGCCAGAGAAGCCAGAAAGCAAAAAGGAUGAGAAGAAGCCAGAAGCAAAGAAGGAAACAAGUAAAGAAGAGAGUAAAGAAGUGAAGGAGGGAGCAAAGAUGGACAAAGCAGAAAAGUCCUCUGGCACCGAGGCAAAGGAGAGCAAGGAGGAGAAGGCCAAGAAAUAAAACUGAUUGCUGCGUUUAACCUUCAAAAGGCGAGAAGGAGAUGCCAAAGAAUUUUGAGAGAUGGAGGUGGACAAAGGCAUGAGACGUGUGGAGCUGAGGAGCUGGAUGCAACCUGGUCACACAAUUUAAUGUCCAAAGCAAAGCAGGUAACAGUAUGUAAGCAAUAUUGAUUUCUGUAGCAAAUAAUCCCCUCGCUUCCCAAGUAUGGCCAUCACAUCCCCCUGAAGCUUCUGGUGUGUGAUUGUAGAGAAUGCAGAAUGCUUUAAACUCUAAGUGAAUGUGACGACUGCCCUUAAUGAAUAAGUGCAUUAAAACCAAGUCUUGAUGUGGGACAGCAGCAUCCUGCUGCACCUGCACGAGCCUUCAAGGGUAGACGCGUCAAAACAUUGUCAAUCUAAAGACUGCGACAGAUACUUAAUAUCAUUAUGUUUAUUUAAUGAAAAAAGAAAUGUCUAUAUUAUAUUCACAGAUAAAUCAUAAGAAAGACUUGAAUUUUGCUCGUUGUGCACCUUGAUGCAGCUUCUCCCGACAGGUGAACUGUGGUGUUUCACUCCUUCACUCUGCAAAGGAUGAUGACUGUGCUAUGUAUAAACUGCUGAGAAUAUGCAACAUGAAACAGUAAAUAAAGAGUAUUAAAAAAAAUCACAAACACAAAA